GCUCAUCUUGUUGAAUACAAGCCAGCGCGGAGCAGCAGUUGGUGGGUGGAGAUGCAGGAAAUGAUGGCUACAAUCGUUGUUGGUUCUGCUAUUGAGGAACCAGAAUCAAGUCUUCACGUUGAUCAAUCUCUGGUGCAGGAUGGUUGUGGACCAGGUCUGCUUGAAAAUGUUACUGCCGGUGCACCUGGAGAGUUUGUUCCAUAUGUCGCACCCGUUCCUUUUGGCCAACGUUUCAUGUGUUUCUUCAAUCCUUUUUUAAAAUCCCGGUCUGGUCAAAGAUGGAGGUUGUGUUUUCUUCCAAAAAUCUCGCACAG